CUCCGAUGGAUGUUUCCCGUUACUCAUCCAAAGUACAGCAUAGUCGCGCAUAAGCGACAAGCGUCGGACGAACAAUCAUCUUUACAGCUUGCAAUAAUCCGAGACUCGAGUUUGAUCAGGUAGAAGUCAAUUAUAUAGCCACCAUGCACCCGUUUGGCGGUACACCGAUAUGUCCUAGAUGCAGCAAGGCUGUUUAUGCCGCAGAACAGGUGAUGGGACCUGGCAGGAAGCUCUAUCACAAGCCUUGCCUGGCUUGCACGACGUGCAAUAAGAGGUUAGAUUCGUUGACGCUUCUUGAACACGAUCAGGAGCCAUACUGCAAAACAUGUCACGUUCGAAACUUCGGCACUCGCGAUCUGAGGCAUGCCAAUCUCCCCCAUCGCAAUGACAUGGCCACACCUCCACCACUUCCUGCAUCACCUGUGCGCAACUCCUUCCCUACACCCACUUUCAUGCGUGGUGAAUCAGUCGAUCUAAGCCAGCGACAAGGUGCGCGAUCACCCGAGCGUGCACACAACACAGGCACAGGGCGCUUUACGAACGGUCCCAUAUUGCCACCGCCCAUCCUCAAAGCGAACUCGGUCCUACCCGCACGGUACAAUCGCUCACCCAUCAAUCCCAUUGUCGAGCUUAGCUCUGAAACCACAAAUCAAUCUGUCAACACGAUCUCGCACCACAAGGAAGUGGGAGAAGAGACGCCAGCAGAAUCCACGUCACCCCCAACCAUCACGUUUGCGGGGACAGCUACUAGCACAGUACGCAUUGGCGAUAUGCCGCGUACUGUCCCACUGAGUCCGACUAAAUCAGCGAGCAAUGGCACAAAUGCUACGUCUACCCCGAAAUCAUCUCCUGUAACACUUGCACGGUCAAGUUCAUCUCCGAUGACGCCGUUGCACCCAACUUCCACCGGCACACGGUAUGGCGUAGCAUUCGGUGGUGGUGGCACUCCCGUAAAGGUCUUUUCUGCGGGCGCAACUCCAACGUGUCCGCGGUGUGGGAAGAGUGUUUAUUUCGCUGAACAGAUGAAGGCCAUAGGAAAGACUUGGCAUAAGGGGUGUUUGAGGUGCAAGGAGUGCAAUACUCUGUUAGAUUCAACUAGAUUGACGGAGAAAGACGGAGAUCCCCUUUGCCAUCGAUGCUACUCAAAGCUGCACGGUCCAGCAGGAAGUGGCUAUGCUUUGCUCGGUAAGGCCGGCAGUUAGGCAUGUAUGCCGGCGACUCGGCAGAUUGCAUGAUUGGUACAAAUUUUCACUGUCAUGUGAAUAGACGCUAUGUAUUUCCCUUCGCUAUUUUCU